AUGGAGUCUUUGCCAGAAGGAUGCAUUGCAUCUAUUCUAUCCCGUACCACUCCAGAGGAUGUUUGCAGGCUCUCCCUCGUUUCCAAGACCUUCUGUUCUGCUGCUGAUUCCGACACUAUCUGGGACCGCUUUCUCCCGUCUGAUUUUCAUUCCAUUGUUUCCUUAUCUCCUUCUCUUGCCAACGCUUCUUCAAAGAAAGCACUCUACCUCGCUCUCUCUAUUCACCUAGUCAUCAUCGACGAUGGUAAAAAGAGCUUUCAAUUGGACAUGAAGAGUGGGAAGAAGUGUUACAUGCUUGGUGCCAGAUCUUUCUCCAUUGAUGUGGUUUACGAUGAGCGCCACUGGCGCUGGACAACGUACCCAAAGUCAAGGUUUCCUGAGGUUGCUAUGCUUGGGAUUGUACGGAGGCUUGUAUUUCGUGGGAUGAUAAACAAAAUUUGCUUGUCCCCGAAUACCCAGUAUGGAUCUUAUCUUGUGUUUAGGAAUAUUGAUGCCUUAAAUGUACAUAAAGUUCCUGUGUUGUUAGCAAUCAACACCGUAGGUGGUGAUUUCAUUACCAAAAUGGUCAGUUUGGAUCCAGACUCAUUGCAAGGUGAGGAGCAUGAUCAAUUCGAGAGAUUACAAGGUCUGAGUGUGAGAAGCGAUGACUGGUUGGAGAUUGAGAUGGGUGAGUUCUUCAAUUCAGGCCUAGAAGAUGAAGAAGUUCAUAUGAGUGUUGCAGUGGGAUAUGUUUUUACCCAUCUCAUUAUUGAAGGAAUAGAAAUUAGGCCUAAGAAAAACAACUAA